AUGUCCCUAUCAAUCUAUCUCAGUAUAUCUGAUCCAUCUAUGUAUCUAUCUAUCCAUCCAUCUAUCUAUCUCAGUCUGUUCAUACAACUAUUCUAUCAUUUAUCUUUUCAUUCAUUUUAUCUAUCUAUCUAUCUAUCUCAGUCUGUUCAUAUCUAUCUAUAUUCCAUAUAUUCAUCUAUCUAUCUCAGUCUGUUAAAUCCCAUAUCUAUCUAUCUCAGUCUGUUCACGUAUCCAUCAUCUAUCAAUCUAUCCAUCUAUCUAUCUAUCUAUCUAUCUAUCAUAUCUAUCUCAGUCUGUUCACAUCUAUCUAUCUAUCUAUCUAUCUAUCCAUCUAUCUCCAGUCUGUUCAUAUUAUCUAUCUAUCUAUCUAUCAUCCAUCUAUCUAUCUAUCUAUCUAUCUCAGUCUGUUCAUAUCUAUCUAUCUAUCUAUCUAUCUAUCUAUCUAUCUAUCUAUCUAUCUAUCUAUCUAUCUAUCUAUCUAUCUCAGUCUGUUCAUAUCCAUCUAUAUCUAUCUAUCAUCUAUAUAUAUCUCAUCAUCUAUCAUAUCUAUCUAUCUAUCUAUCUAUCUAUCUAUCUCAGUCUGUUCAUAUCAUCUAUCUAUCCAUCUAUCUAUCUAUCCAUCCAUCUAUCAUCUUAGUCUGUUCUAUCUAUCUAUCUAUCAUGUAUCUAUCUAUCUAUCUAUCUCAUCUAUCUAUCUAUCUAUCUAUCUAUCUAUCUAUCUAUCUAUCUCAGUCUGUUAUCUAUCUAUCUAUCUAUCUCAUCUAUCUAUCUAUCUAUCUAGUCUGUUCAUAUCUAUAUCUAUCUAUCUAUCUAUCUAUCUAUCUAUCUAUCUAUCUAUCUAUCUCAGUCUGUUCAUAUUCAUUCAUUCAUCUAUCUAUCUAUCUAUCUAUCUAUCUAUCUCAUUCUGUUCAUAUCUAUCUAUCUCAUCUAUCUAUCAUCUAUUAUCUAUCUAUCUAUUCUGUUCAUAUCUAUCUAUUCAUCUAUCUAUCUCAUUCUGUUCAUAUCUAUCUAUCUGUUCAUAUUCAUUCUAUCUAUCUAUCUCUCUAUUCAUUCAUUAUCAUCUAUCUAUCUAUCUAUCUAUCUAUCUAUCUAUCUAUCUGUCGCAUUCUAGCUAUACAUUUCUAA